AUGCCGCGAGGUGAGAGUGACUCUUUUCCUCGCUCUCACUCCCUUCCCUUCCGUCCCUCCGUCGCCGCGCCUGCCCGCAGCACUCGCCUCACUGACAGACACCGAUGCCAGCACCCGGACGAUCUGAUUGGCCGGCGCACGCGCUCCAUCGCCUCGUCCAACCGCCUGUCCGUCUGCUCACCGUCCGGCCGACUUUCACCUCUCCCAGGCCUAGCCCGGCUCGGCUCGGCUCGGCCCGGCCUGAAGGGACGGCUGGCCUGCUACAGCUAUCGAUUGACGCGGCUCGGUAAACAACCGCCUCAUUAG